UUCGCGUUUGCACUGAUUGAACGAAGGAGUUUUAGUACACGAGUUAAAAUGAUUUUUUUUAAAGUGAAGUACUUGUUAAUUGUGGUGUUGUUAUAUUCAAUUCAUUCAGUUUCAUCGAUAAAAUGUUAUGCCUGUCGUGAAGUUGACGAUUUGAGAUGUGCAACAAAUGUUACUGCAUUAACUGCCACAGAUUGUCAUGGACCUUACAUUCCUCCAGAUGGACAUGCUUAUUUACAUGAGCACUAUAAUUAUACUGGGAGAUGGAAAUGCAUUAAGGGACUAUUCAGAAAUUAUGGAAAUGUCAUAACCACUGAAAGAUCGUGUGUCCCAGAAUUGAUAACGUGUGAUAUUCUCAUAAAAAACCACUCAGAAAAGAAAACAGAAUUUAAAUAUUGUUCAACGUGUGAUACCGACUAUUGUAAUUCUUCAAACUUGAAUUCUGCGACCUUUUAUUUCCUCGCUUUACCUUUCAUGGCAGUGAUAAUGUAUCGAAAUAAUUAAAAAAAUUUUAAUUUCGUUAUUUUUAUAAUUGCAUUAUGAAAAUGCACAACUAGAUUAAAUUUAAUAUGGAUUUUUUAUAGUAGUCGUUCGAUUAACAAAACUUAUUGCUAAAUAAAUAAAAUUUUUACUACAUAA